GCUUCUUAAUUCAAGUGUCCAAAGUUACCCCAUUUAAAGUGUGUAACACAAAUAUUCAGGGUUUCGAUUUCUAUCAUUGAAAUUUAUCACGUGGUUUUUUAUAUCACUCAAUGAUGGAUAAUGUUAAUACCAAUGAUGAUAAUUCUAAAUCAACGAGCAAUACAUCAUCAUCAUCAGAAGGUAAAAAUCAAUCGGAUACUCAUACAAUUAAACGUUUACCGAAGGAAGUAGUAAAUCGUAUUGCUGCUGGUGAAGUUAUUCAACGUCCUGUUAAUGCAAUCAAAGAACUGCUUGAAAAUAGUAUAGAUGCUGGUAGUACAAUGAUUAAGAUAACUGUUAAAGAUGGAGGUCUGAAACUUAUUCAAGUUCAAGAUAAUGGUUGUGGUAUACAACAAUCAGAUCUGCCUAUUUUGUGUGAACGUUUUACUACUAGCAAAUUAAGGGACUUUUCAGAUUUAGGCAAAAUCUCCACAUUUGGUUUUCGUGGUGAAGCGUUAGCUAGUCUCAGCCAUGUUGCUUUAGUGAGUGUUACAACACGAACAGCCAAUCAAAAUUUCGCUUUCAAAGUUAAAUAUCGUGCUGGUAAUCCUGAAUCAAAGCCUACCCCAUGCGCUGCUAAUCCUGGAACAACUAUUGUUGCAGAGGAUUUAUUCUAUAAUGCUCCUAUGAGGAGGGCAGCUUUGAGAAAUGGACGUGAAGAGUUAUCAAGGAUAACAGAUGUAGUUGCUCAAUAUGCAAUUCAUUAUGCUCAACAAUGUGGAUUUUAUUUACAUUCUGAAAAUGCUAAUGGAAAAAGUUCCAUUGAACAAGAUCUACGCACUUCUGCUGGUUGGUCAAGAAUGGAUGCGAUACGCGCUGUGAUUGGUUCAUCCGUGGCACAGAAUCUAAUCUCUUUUACUAGUUCCCAGUGUUCAUCAUCGGAAUCUACACGUUUAGCUGUAGAACGUUUUGGAUUACGUUAUGAAGGUUUACUUACAGCACCAAAUCAAGUUUCUUCUGGUUCGAGUCCCUCGCUGAAAUUCAAUCUUUUCAUCAAUAAUCGUUUAGUUCAUUGUACACCUAUAAAACGUGUUGUAGAAUGUGCUUAUUCUGUUGUUAUUUCACGUGCUUUAUCAUCUAAUACAAAUAAUGGUGGUGAUGAUCGAAUAAAUAAAAAUUAUGGAACAAGUAUUUCGAAAUCAAUUCGAGUUUCAAAUAAUUCAAAUAUGUUUAAAUCUGCCACUUGUAAUUCAUUAUAUGUAUACUUAAAUAUCCAGUUGCCACCGCAUACAUUAGAUGUGAAUGUUCAUCCAACUAAAGCUGAAGUGAAUUUUCUUCAUGAGGAUGAAAUUGUCAAUGGACUGCAAGAUGCCAUUGAACACGCCCUUCUGUCUUCUGCACAAAUUCGUACAUUCAUUAAAAAUUCAUUACCAACCCCAAUGACGUUUAGUAAACCAGAGGAAGUAAAUCCGGAUGAUGAGUCAGGGGUGAACAACACCUCUAAAUGUCUUCAGUCAUCACAAGUUGUGUAUAGACCACAUGAAAAAGUACGAAUCGAUGUACGUGAACAACAGUUGGAACGCUUUUUAUCACCUCAGUUGAAUCGCACCGUGAAAAAUACAAUUGGUAAUAGUAGUAAAUGUAAGCGUGAAAUUGAAACAUCAGAUGAGAGUUUAUUGAAAAAGUCAAAGUUUGAAAUGAGUCCAGACAUCGAAGUUGAUUCUGAUGAAGCUGAUGAAUUACUGAAAUCAAAUUCUCGUGAAGAACAAAGCUCAUUUGGUCACCGUAAAUUUGAUAUAAAUAUCCUUAGAUCAACUGUACAGUCUGGAUUGUAUGAUCAAUCAGAAAAUGAAACAGACAGUAGUCUACCAAGUAAUUCUACACAAAAUACCACUGAGAAUCAAGUAAAUCUGAACACUACCAAUGAUAUCGAUUACGUUGUGAAUGACAGUGAUGCCAGCCUGACAGCCAAACCAAUAAUAAAAUCAAAUCGGAUUUCUUCAUCUUCACAAGAUACUAAUUCCAUUGAUUUUAAAAGUUUACUGAUUACAUCAAAUCCAACAUCAUCUUCCUUAAAAAAUGAUCCCAAUGAUUCCUUCCUAUCAUCAUCAUCAUCAUCAUUGUCAAAGACACGACAUCGUAAAGUAUAUCUGAUGAGUAUUCUUGCACUGAAGCGUAAUUUAGAAGGUGAUUUAGACAAGUCAAUAAAAGCGGUAUUACGCUCGUGUAAAUUUAUUGGUUUCAUUGAUGAAACAAGAUGUUUAGCUCAGCAUAAUACAGAAUUAUUACUUAUCCGUUUGAAACCGUUGACUCAAGCAUUAUUCUAUCAAUUAUUGUUGGUGAAUUUCGCCAAUCAUGGAGAGAUAAUUUUACGUGAACCAGCAUUAUUAUCAGAUCUUUUGUCGAUUGGGCAUGAAUACCUUCGAAAGUCAUCACGAUCACUAGCUAAUCUUAGUCGGUCAGAGUUUAUUCAAGAAGCGAGUACUACUUUGAUGAAACAUGCACCAAUGCUUUGGGAUUACUUUUCAAUUAAAAUAACUACUGAUUCAAAUGGAAACAAUGUAUUGACUGGCCUGCCAUUAAUUAUAGCCAAUUAUAUUCCGGAUUUGGAUAACCUUCCUAUAUAUAUCACUAAAUUGGCUACACAAGUUAGCUGGUCAAUAGAAUCCGUCUGUUUUGAAAACAUUUGUCGUAUUACAGCUGAAUACUAUUCAGUAUCACGUAGUUUAUUUGCUAAAGCCUUGUCAUCAAAUGAUAAUUCUUCAACAACUCAUGAAGGGGAUAAAGAGAAUUCCACAGCACAAUCACCUCGUGAAUGGAUGAUAAAGCAUAUACUUUGGCCUGUGUUAACUUCAUCAUUUCUGCCGAGUCGUAGAUAUCCAAAUUUUGAUUCGAAUAUGCCAGAGACAGAUGGAAGAGUGUUUUCCUUACAGUCUGCUUUUAUUCGUCUCACAUCACUUACAGAGUUAUAUAAAGUGUUUGAACGUUGUUAAAUUACUUCACACUUGUUACGGCUGCUUAUUUUUGAUAAUAAAAAGAUUUGCUUUGAUAA